CUAACAAGACCAUAACUGAUUCUCUACUUGACAGCACAACCUAAAAUUGAUCAUGAACACCAAGAAACCUUAUACGUACUCUCUGCACAUAAUACUUAUUGGUGUUUAUUGCACGCAUGUGGUUACAGCUGGUGCGUCUCACUCUGUCUACGCUGGCAAUACGGCUGUUCUAAACUGUGACGGUGAUCCUGGGGAUUCUUUAAUAUUGUUUACUUGGAAGGUCUUUCUGCAGAAUGGCUCUCUAUGUACAGUGUCUUUCAGUGUAGACGAUAAUGACACAUACAAUGACUGCAGUAACAGGAUGCAGAUAAACAGGAAUAUGUCCCUCAUAAUACAUAAUAGUAAAAUAACUGAUGAAGGUAAUUACACUUGUGAAAACAUAAAUGAUGCAGGGACAAACGUCUACACAACCAUCUUAAGUAUAUUAGUUCAGCCUCAUGUGACCAUAAAAAGUUACAUAGAUGGGAUAAGCCACUGUGAAGCUCUUAAGGGAUAUCCAGCUGCAAAGAUCACCUGGAUCCCAGAAUCAGACGGUUUAAUCACUACAGAUAAAGUGCUGCAGCCGGAUAAGUCCUGGACAGUUAUCAGCACUUACAGACCAAAGUAUCCCAAUGUCACUGAAGUCACCUGUGUGGUCUCACACCCAACGUUUGUACACCCACAAAACAGAUCUGUUGCAAUAUCUAACCCUGGUAAAAGGAUUUUUGUGUUGAUUGCGGUACCCAUUGCCAAACUGAUUCUGUUGACCUUAGGACUUCUGUUCUUCUGCAAGAGAUUUCAGGUGAUGAAAAAUAGUUUUCUCUUUAUAUUUGCUGAAUAA